AUGGGCUGUCUUAUCAGUCAGAUGACAGACUUGAAAAAAAACAUAGAGAGGUGUAUUGUUCCAAAUCACAAAAACUUUUUAAUUGAUGCAAAAGAAGCAGCGAUCUCCUGUAAGAAAAUAGCAAUCAGGCUGCAAAAGAGCGUGGACCUGGCUCUUGCGAAAUACAACGAAGGAGAAGUGCCCGUGGCAGAAAGUGAUUUACCCGAUCCUGUCUCGAAAGAUCCAGGGCUUAGACCUUUGAUUACGACAAAGCGACAAAGAUCGUAUUUAGCUCAAAUUGGUCCGCAACAACCCAAACUUUUCAAUUAUCCGUCAAACGAAGAUAUCACGUCAAGCAGCAAACAAAAUCGUUUCACGGCUGUCUGGUUUUCGCAGUAUCCGUUUUUGGAAUACAGUACUGAAAAGGAUGCGGCUUUUUGUUUUGUUUGCCAAAUGUUCCCGAAAGGUAUAGAUCGAGAACGAUCGACGCAAAAUUAGAAAAUUAAACGAGACUUACCUGUAAGGUGAAGUUUGAUUGAGAUUCUACGAGUUAUUGGUUAGGAGCGAAGGAGUCACGUGUGAGAUAGCGCGGGAAGGAUCGAGCGGCAGUCUUUAAAGGGAGUGCGAAUGGUCAUUGAUAUUUAGUACCCGCUGUAAAGCCGUAGGGCUGGGUAAAACCGUAGGGUGGGUCCGUGACUCCUUCGCUCCUAACCAAUAACUCGUAGAAUCUCAAUCAAACUUCACCUUACAGGUAAGUCUCGUUUAAUUUUCUAAUUCUACUUCGUCAUUGGUUAGUUCGCUACGGAUCACGUGUGAGACUUUAAAGUAAUUACCAUGAGCACUGUAACUUUGCUUUAAUAACACAAUAUCAACACGAUACAUGCUUAAUCAAGGUUAACAAUUUCUAAGAGUCUAUGACCAAAAUUUUCUUUUUGAUCACUUUCAAUUGGUUUAUGAUGAAACUGGUUUAUGUGGUUUCUGGUAUAAACUCAAAAGUAGUUGUUUAUAUGAAAGGACCACAUGUCAUCACUAUUAACCAUCUGUUUAAUGUUCAAGACCUGUAUGGUCUGGCAACGCUGUCCAGUAACAAGGGCAAGCAGCAUGGUUGUCUUCAUAGUCAGAUCUUGUAG